AUGAAGUCCAUAUCUCUCGCACUCGCCAUAUUUCUGGCUACAGUGCCAAGCUAUGCUUCUGAGUGCCCAACAGAGCCGUCGCAAUCGACCCCAGUGGUGACGACCAAAGACGGAACUUUGCUAGGUGGAAAGUGUAGCACGACAGAUGUGAACUUCUUCUUGUCUAUUCCGUACGCAAAUCCUCCAACAAGGUUCCAUGCUCCUGCGCCCUAUACAGGAGUGUACCAUGAUCGAAACGCGACGACGCCCGCCCCAGCCUGUCCACAGUUUGGCACGACCUUUAUCGAGACGGGCAAACAGUCCGAGGAUUGCCUCUUCCUUGACAUCUUUGUCCCGGCUCACAAGCCCCAUAAGUCCAAGCUGCCCGUCAAAAUCUGGAUUUAUGGUGGCAGUAAUGAAGCAGGUGGCAUUUCAAAUGCGAUGUAUACAGGUUGCUACGCCGCUGAGAAUGUAAUUCAAGUCAAUAUCAACUAUCGCCAGGGGCCUCUGGGGUUUUUGGCAGUCCAAAAAGCUGGAAUAAAUGGCAAUUUUGGCAUUCAAGAUCAGCUGCUGGCAUUGAAGUGGAUUAAGGCAAACAUUGAAUCCUUUGGCGGCGACCCUGAUAAAAUGGUGCUCUUCGGACAAUCAGCUGGCUCCUUCGACACUUUCACUAUCGCGACCCUGAAUGAUGCGCCUGAUCUCAUUAGUGCUGCCAUUAUGCAGUCGGGAGGUGGUAGCGACUUCGCUUCAAUCGCCGAGGCUCAGCCCUGGAACGAGCUGUUCGUCACUACUCUAGGCUGCAAGGCAUCAGAUUUCUCCUGCAUCGACUCUAAGAGUGUGGCCGAAAUGCAGCAAGCCGUUCUGGCGAUGCCUGCCGGGGUAGGACCAUCAAUCGGCAGCCCUAUAGCUCACAUCGGCCGUGGAUUCAGCUGGGGACCUCUUGUAGAUGGCAAAGUAAUCCCAAAGGCGCCUGCAUCAGCCGGCGUCAAGGUUCCGUCUAUCUUCGGCUCGACCGCUACAGAGGGCAUGCUCUUCGUCUUGGCCACCUACGCGAAGAACUUGACAACCCAAACUCAGGCCACUUAUGACGACUUCUUGAGUUAUCAGUUUGGCCCCUUCGCAUCGCGCGUCAAUUCAACCUACCCGCUCUCUAAAUUUCCGCGAACGGCCACCGCCCCCAACUCCGCUGAUGCUGCCAUAAGUGCCGUUUAUACCGACUACGCUUACAAGUGUACAGCAUAUAGAGGCCUUCAGAAGGGAAUUGCCAACAAAGUCCCUGUUUUCACAUAUUUCUUUGACCGCACACCUUCCUGUACCUGGCUGACAUCUGUUCCAAAUACCCCCUUUGUCCACAGCUUUCUCGGUGCUACCCACACCGCUGAGCUUCCUUUUGUCUUUGGCGUGCUGGAUGGACUGCCUGCCCCGGGAGGGAACUGCACCUCGACCUCAGCCGAGUUACAGCUAAGUAAAGAGAUCAUCUCUUCGUGGGACAGUAUGGCUGCCACAGGCACUCCUGGCUGCGAUUGGCCGCGCUACUUAGAUCAGGGUAAGGACAAAGGUCUGGGAAUGAUGUAUCUCGCGAAUGAGACGGUUGUUGGCGAAGUGGACUACAGUAUUUGCCCGUUCUGGGAUGAGAUAAGGGACGAACUGUUAGCUUUGCAGGCUCAGGGAAAAGUUAACCAGUCCUAA